AUGUCAACUUGGCACAGACGAUUUUCACGAAAAUCACAACGAUUGAAUGAAACCGAUGAAAUACUAUUAAAUAAUUCGGUUAAGUAUCGUAAGAAAUUAUAUGCAGCGUAUACUCAAAUUAAUCGCACAAAGAAGUUCGCUCAACGAAAUUUGGACAGUCCUGACUGGGAAAUCCAUGUUGCUCGUCUCGUCAAUGAUAUUGGUCAAUUAUCUGGUUGUAAAUCACUUCAGGAAGUCAGCAGUUUAAUUGAUUCAUUAGCAAUGCGAAAUCAACUAUCAGCAAGAAUUUUCAAUGAAUAUGCAAUGAAUUCACUACAACAAUCAUUAAAGAAAUUGAAUGAAAAUCUUUCGAACGAUUUUGAUAAAACCAAAUCUGUGCUUGAAGAAGCUAUAACUAAUCAUUGUUCUGAUAAUACAAAGAAGCAGCUGUCAAGCAAAGUGCAAACUGAAUGGAAUAAACACAAAGCAUUUGCAACUAAAGAACUCAAACAGGGUCUAUUAUCCUAUUGUGACAUUGCUUCCUAUCAUCUUCGAGUACAGACAGCAAUCGUAGAAAAACUUCAAAAUUUCGUUGAACAACUACCGGAUGGUGAUAAUGACGUUAAUAGUGGUUUGCCCAAUUUUUCUACGGCAAGCGUGGAAACACGGCGAGAAAUCGAUACCAUGCUACGUAUUAUGCUUGAUUCGGCACCAAAUGAUCCAGCUUCUUUGCCAAGCGACAAACGACCAAAGUUUCUCAAUAAUCAUUUAACUCUUUCCAAUUCGCUAUAUUCAGCUGAAAUAACUGAAGCCGCAGCACGUUCAAACUUACCAUCUAUAGGACAGAGAUUUCCACCUGUUAUUCCACAAUAUCCUUCGAUGGUUGCAACAGCAUCAAAUAGUCAGACACCGCAGCAUCAAUCGAACAUUCUUUCUCCUCUAACUCCAAAUAAUGCUCGUUUUCAUAGUAAUACAAAUACACCUGUUGAUGAUCACUUGCCAUCCUAUACUGAUUUAUUCGUUGUACCAAGCAAUUGUAAAGGCGAUCGUCGUGAACGACGAAAUACAUUUGCGAAAAACUAG